AUGUCCAUGGAAGAGCCGGCCGAAGCAAGCCCGACAGAUCGCGAAGGUGACGAGCCGUCAGAGCCGAGAGCAAAGCGCGCCAAGACCGAGAUAAACAAAGAUGCGCUGUCCCCGGACGCCGACCCCGACGGGGUCAACGCGCAGCUUGCAGAGAUUUUUGGUGAAGAUGUUGAGCCGUCAGGCCUGGAAAGAGUCCUAGCAGAAGCCGAAGCCGCGCUUUCCGAUGCGGAGUCGGCCGAGAGCUUUUUCGUAGAUGAGCCCCGGCUACCAGAUGAGGCAGCUGAGUUUGGCAUCCCGAAGAGCCAGCUUGACUUGGUCAAGGAUAUCUUCGGGGACACCUCCGUGUUGAGGCCAAUCGUGGAAGACGAGCCAGCUCCCGACGAGGAUGUGGUGCCAGCGGCAGUUCAUGCUAGCCUUGGCGCCGCCGAGGCCACCGCUGCAGCUGCAGCAUCUUCCUUAAAGCGGGAAGGCGAGGCUGAGGACGUGAAGAUGCUUCCGGUGCUUCCGGUCAUGGAUAGCCUUGAUCCGGACGUUUUGGAGAAGUCCUACCAGCUGCCGAAGGACCAGGAGUAUACGACGAGCCAGGAGCCUGAGCGCUGGCUGCAAUUCUACACGUCUGGCCCUGGCGGCGGGAGCUCGCAAGAUCGGUCCUGGACCGAUGAGGAAUACCAGAACGAGGCUCGUUGGCUUUUUCUGCAGCUCUUCAAUCCCAAAGGCUAUCAGCGUGAUCAGACGGAGGACGCCAUCAUCCUCGUACUGACACACCUGCAUGAGCAAAGGCUUGAGAUGCUUUACAUCAUUGAACAUCUCUGGUGGAAAGUGUCCAAGGUCCUCACAAAAGAAGAUCUCUGGAGCAUACAAGAGUUUGACUUACAGUGGCAGCCUCUUUGGACCAGAUACCAGCAUCUUCAGAAAUGGGUCGACAACGUGGAAAAGUUUGGGCAAAACCAACAACUUCCGGACUACAUCAAGAGAAAGACCGUGAGAGAGGUUUGGCAGCACCAAGAUGCAGAGACUCACCAGAGAGAUGCCCAGGAAUGGUUGCAGUCCAUGCAUCCCGCACAAGCUCCAUCUACAGGGAGAGAGCGUAAGCGUAACAGCACCUCCAUCGACGCAAUCAUGGAGAUGGCCAGGAAAUCCAAGUUCGACGAGAAGUUGGGUAUCGUGGAGUCCAUCGAUAUCAUGUCGCUGCAGGCUUUGGGGAUCACGCCUGCGCAGCUUGGGGACAAUGUGCAAGCUGAAAAGCGCGGCCCUAAGUUGAUCCCAGUCGCGAUGAUGCUUGCAUUGCCUUUCGACGAGAUCUGCGAAAGCCAUGCGGAUCCCAACUUCCACAACGCGCAGGCCAACGACAGGUCAAUCACCACCUUUCUUGUCCGACUGAUCGCCUCGGAGCCGAGAGUUCGCAGCUACGUGCGCCAGGAGUUCUGGAAGCUCUGCGCCGUUUCGGCUAAGGUCACAGAGGCCGGCAAAGCCCUGGCUAAGGAAGCUUCACAUUCCUUCAAGAAGAUGUACCGGUCCUUUCACGUCACCUACAGACCCGUGUCGAAGUUCGACGAGAAGAGCAACCUCUUCUUGGAGAUGCUCCAGCUUCAGCGCAAGGGGAUGAUCACGAUCGACUAUGAUCUCGUGCAAAUGUCAGCUGGACGCUCACUUCUGCAGGUUGUCCCGUGCACCGGCCGUGGAGACAGGGGAAGGCUCAAGCAGACAUUUACAGCUCACUGCAAGAAUCGAGACCCGAAUCAGGCUCCUGAAGGUGAGGACGCAGAGAAAAUGGCAGAUUACCACAAACUGGAGGAUCUCAUCCCGAAGAUGGAGGCGGCGGCGAAGUUGAAGGAGGCACACAGCCGCCGGCGAAGUUCUGGGGAUGACCUGAAGUCACAGGUAACUGCAUCCUUCCAGUGUGCUGGCAUCAAGUUUGAAGGCGAUGCCCUGUCCGAAUUCAUGGCGUUCGAUCCCAUCUUCGAGCAGCUCUCCCUGAUGUACUGUGUGACACUGGCAGAGGGCGACGACCGAAGAGUUGUCAACGAGACAGCCUGGAACCGCACCCGCAGGAGCAUUUUGAGGAAAGUGCUGAUGGAAGAGUUGUAUCCGACGAUGUGGGCGGAAGUGAAGGACCACCUUUCCAGGACAGCCAGUGCAGUGGUUUGUCGCGACAUCCGAGAAAGGCUCACGAAGAUGGUUGACGUCAAACCUCCCCCGGACACAGACAAGAAGUUGGACGAAGCGGAGGAUAAAGUGAACGAGCUGAGACAGGACUCCGACGACGAGGCGGCGGCGCAGCGAAAGCGCGAGGAUCCGAGCCUCUGGGAGAAGGAGCGGGAUGCCCGCAAAGCAGGUCUCCACUCGGCUCUGGUGAUCCUCCCUGAGGUUGGCUUAGCCGUGGAGACAGCCAUUGUGGGCUUCGUGAAUGCUUUCGGUGAACCAGUUGACAUGAGACAAGUCUUCAAAAGUUGCCUGAAGAUCCAGCACAAGGAAAGCAGGUAUGAGAAAGGGAGUUUCAACUACGACAAGGAUCAGGUGAUUUUGGAACACAAGGCUGUCGUCGAGAACAUGAUUGCAACCCACAAGCCUUCCGUUAUCCUGCUGGCGGUCACGGAUCCGGAAAUCAUGCGCUUGAAGGCAUCCGUGGAAAAUUUGAUUAACCGCGAGCAGAAGAUCGUGGCAAAUCUGAAAGUGUUGCCGAAGAUCAAGUUCGUGGACCCCACUGUGCCACGUGCAGUCGCCUACCACAAGCGCGUGCUGGAGUCCCCUGCCUACCGCGACUACCCGACUCCGGCACAUCGAAUCGCCAUCAGCUGUGCCCGAUUCUUUCAGGAUCCGUUGGCGGAGACCUGCCAGCUCUGGCAUGAGCUCCCAGAUGAGAAUGGUCUCUUCAAAGUCAACUUGCACCACCUUCAGCACGAUGUGCCGCGGGAGUUGUUUGGGCGCACCAUCACGCAGACCCUUCAAGAAGUCUUCGCCAAGUGCGGCUUGUACAUCAACAAGGUACGUCGGUCUCGUCAUCUGGAGAGCUUGAUCCAGUUCGUUCCGGGGCUGGGGCCCCGCAAGGCGAGGAUCUUUCACAAGGUGCUGACAGACUCUGUGAAAUCCCGUGCGACAGUACAGGACAUAAUGUCCAAGCAGCUGGGCGUGGAGGACACUGAGAACAAUGCAGUCCUCAAGAACAUGUUCCCCUUCAUUAAGAUCCAGCCGGAUUUCCGCGAUGGCUGGUAUGGCAGAGACAGAGAUGAGUGUGCUAGUCUUGAGCGCGUGCGGAUUGCACCUCAACUCUACCACUGGGUUAAUACGCUCUGCAAGGACGCGUUAGUGGCCCAGUCCGAGCAGCUCUUCGAUGACACGAAGGAGGAAGACAUGGAAGGUGACGUGGUGGGGCGGGUCAUGGACUUGCUGCGUAAUGACGCGAACUUCGUCAAUGUGAUCCAGGAUCAGGACUGGAGCACAUGGCACGAGCGAGCAGGCGAAAUGAACGUUCCUGACUCGGCCAACUUGGACAAGCUCUUCGAGACAAUCCUUGAAGAGCUCCAAGAGCCCUACAAGGACAACCGCCAGGUUGAGGAGAACGAGAUGCCAGGUACCGACCUGUUCUAUCUGGCCACAGCCGAGAGAACGGAAGCCUUUGCGGCUGGCAGUGUCGUCCGUGGCUCGGUGAUGAGAGACGAGGAGUAUCCCGACCGCGAGGUUGAAGUCAACAACUCCAAGACGCACAGGGUGUACGUGAAACUUGCAGGGGGGAAUGCCGUCACUGGCGUCUUCCAGAAGGAGUACAAGCAAAGCAGCGCCAAGAAGACAGGGCACAUACCUGGCUGCAAUCGCCACUUCACCCACGGCGAGCCGAUCCUCGCACGUGUCCGAGAGAUUACGCAAGGUCGAUUUAACUUCACCGUGCUGCUCUCUGUCGACCAUGACGAGGAGCAGUGGUUCGAUCUUUAUCCUGUUCAAUCCGACGAUGUUCCAUACUUCCUGCCGGAACAGCAUGAUGAUUGGACCAAGGUGACGUUGGGCCUCCUGGACAAUGCCGAGAUGCAGCGAAAGGCCAAGGUGAAGGACUGGAUCAGACGUCCACGGAACAUCAAGCAUCCCAACUACGUUCCUGGAGACCAUGAACAUGCCGUGAAGACCUUGGACAGCUUCUUUCUUGGCACUGUGCUCUUCCGGUCGUCGAAGCACCAUGAUGUUCUCGUUGCAAUGCUCAAGGUCUUACCAACGCAAGACCGAGAGGUUGCCAGCGGCACUGGAGGGGUGGUGAAAGCACUCAAGUGUUACAGAAGAUUUGAUGUCUUCGAGAAGAGAGCAUCAAAGUCAUAUGGAGACGGUUUUGAGGUCGCAGCCGAGCUGGAGGUUGAUGGAUACCUGUACCGGGACUUUGACGAAAUCAUCGCACGACACAUGGACCCGAUCAUGGACAACCUGCGGCUGCUUCAGGAGCACAAGCGCUACGGCCUGCGCAAUGGCACUCUCCUCCAAAGGGAGAGGGUUGAGCACGCCAUGAAGCAGAUCAGUAGUGACAACCAGAUGCUGCACUACACUUUGCUGCUGAAUUAUGAUGAACCAGGGCAUGGUGAUCUUCUCUGGUGCAUGCAGGGCAGAAGUGUGAGGCAUGAGCUCAUCGAAAUCACUCCGCGGGGCUUCAGCUUGUGGAAGCACAACUUCGGUUCCUUGGAGCAGAUGAUCUCCUGGUUUAAAAAGGUCGGGUGGAGGAAUGCCCCGAAACUGCGACGUGACUACAAGGAAGACCGAAAGCUGCAAGCGCAAGUCUUGAAGGACAAGCGCGGCCUGCAGACACCUGCCGGUCAAUCCGGUCGUGCCUUUACCCCCGAGUCAAACGCUGCCACCCCUGCGGGUAUGCGCAGCCCCCGUGUUGGCAUGCCGGGUAGUGUGGGCGCUGCACCGGGAAGUGCGCCGGGAAGUGUGGGCGGACUGGUAUCUCCAGCAGGAUAUCAGUACGGUGCCCCACAGACGCCCAUGAACGCUGCGACACCGGUGCCAAUGAAGGGAUCUUUUGGCAGUCGCCGGAACAUGUCGGAACCGCUCCCAGAUGAACCGUCUGCCGCGCAGCCAGCCAUUCAGAUGCUCGUGGUAUUCACUGCCGGUCUCAUCCUCUAUCCAGACCUCUCCUCCCUCAUGAAGAGAGAGGGCCAUCAAGAGGCUCGGCUCCGGACCAUUCUGUGCAUCCAGAUGUACCGGCGUCUGAAGAUUAUAGAGCAGAGCAACCGUGCUCCAUUUAUGCCAUGGGCAGACCCGCAGUACCAAAGCAUUGAGGAUUCUCGCAGUGUUCGCAUGCGUGAGCGUUUGUCGGCAAAGACCUGUAAAUUGGUUCUUGCCAUAAACAACAAAAGUGACGCUGUAUCCCGUAUGCAGCUGGGCAGCAAAAGCCUGUCGCGGCAAUUCCAGUUCCAGGUGCUGUGCCAGUCGCUCAGCUUUGCUGGAUUUCCUGAAGUCUUCCCAGGCACAGCGGCAACUUGCAAGGCAUCACGUGCAGCCACUGAGGACAGAGCAGAACGCUUGGCAGUGGCGGGCAAGACGCAUGUCGCCGUCACCUGGACCCGUGCGUCUUUUUACAAGGGGUUUGAGUUCCCGAGUGCCAGAUUGAACAACAUUCGAGAAGUUUGCGUCCGCAGCAACCUGUGGAAGCUGCCCUGCACUGACAAAGACAACGUACUGCGGGCGGUGAAAUUCCCCAGACACCGUUUGGUGCUUUCGAUCGGCGCGCUGCCACAGGACCACGGCACGCCUGCCGGCAUGAUUCCAGAGACGCCGAUCGCUGCUUUCAAAAACAGCAGCAUUCCUCAGACGCCGACUGCACCAGCUUCAGGCCGACCGGUGCUUGGCCCACAACUUUCGGCGGUUCUAGGCUCUAGGCCCUGA